AUGCGUCUCUCUGCCGCCGUUGUGGUGCUGGCCCUGGCGGUGACCGUCUCCGGCGGACACCUGAGCGACCUCAUCAAAGGUCACGGCUCCGGUCACCGUCUGGGUCCCGGUCACCACGGCCGCUGCCCGCCACCCCGUCCGUUCUGCCCGCGGCUGAAGCACCACUCCUCCCGGCCGGAGGUGUGUAUCAGCGACUUCUCCUGCGGCCACGCCGACAAGUGCUGCUACGACGUCUGCCUCGAGCUGAGGUGGAUCUACACGGACUGCGGCUCUGUGGACCUUACCGACUGCGGCUCGGUGAACUUCACGGACUGCGGCUCGGUGAACCUCACGGACUGCGGCUCGGUGAACCUCACGGACUGCGGCUCGGUGAACCUCACGGACUGCGGCUCGGUGAACCUCACGGACUGCGGCUCGGUGAACCUCACGGACUGCGGCUCGGUGAACCUCACGGACUGCGGCUCGGUGAACCUCACGGACUGCGGCUCGGUGAACCUCACGGACUGCGGCUCGGUGAACCUCACGGACUGCGGCUCGGUGAACCUCACGGACUGCGGCUCGGUGAACCUCACGGACUGCGGCUCGGUGAACCUCACGGACUGCGGCUCGGUGAACCUCACGGACUGCGGCUCGGUGAACCUCACGGACUGCGGCUCGGUGAACCUCACGGACUGCGGCUCGGUGAACCUCACGGACUGCGGCUCGGUGAACCUCACGGACUGCGGCUCGGUGAACCUCACGGACUGCGGCUCGGUGAACCUCACGGACUGCGGCUCGGUGAACCUCACGGACUGGAGCUCUGCUGAGGUGGCUGGAAAGGAUCGGCGGGAAAAGGCUUCUUCUGGGCUACGCGACUAGGGCGCUUGCGGGAUUUUGUGAACUGACCAUGUGUAAAUGUAAUAAGUACUGUUCUGUUGGGCCCUUGACUUCUUUUCGAACUGUGUAUAUAAACUAUCGUCGAUUUUAGCUAUUGGGUGCUGCCCGACUGUAUGCAUUUUUUUUAAUUGAUUUUAGGCGUCUCUUUUAUAUCGUAGCUUUCAUGCAUCGCCUGCGUCACGAGCUCUUACGCAAGCAAGUGUGCGCAAUGCACAUUCAUCGACAUUUAGUGUAGGCUGCUGAUUUCCUUGAACUUUUUGUAAUAAAACGAACUGAUUUUA